CCUGUGUUCCCGGUGUGUCCCCUGAAGGGAUGGAGAGCUCCUCAGUGGCAUCAGCCUCCUCGGAGGCGGGGAGCAGCCGCUCCCAGGAGAUCGAGGAGCUGGAGCGCUUCAUCGACAGCUACGUCCUGGAGUACCAGGUCCAGGGGCUGCUCACAGACAAGACCGAGGGCGACGGCGAGAGCGAGAAGACGCAGUCCCACGUCUCACAGUGGACAGCGGAUUGUAGCGAGCAGCUUGAUGGCAGCUGUUCCCCAUCCCGAGGGAAGGGCUCGUCGUCUCACGAACAUAACCAGGAAGAGUGGGAUCACAGCAGCAGUGGGAGCACAGGAUCCCGGCCGGGGUCAGGUUCCAGGCAGGGCUCUGCAUCCAGGUCUGGCAGCCACAGGAGAAGCAGCCAGUUCAGGCACUCAACCAAGAAUGGCAACAAGGACAGCAACCUUGACAUGCUGGGCACAGACAUCUGGGCUGCCAACACCUUUGACUCCUUCAGUGGUGCAACGUGGGACUUGCAGCCUGAAAAACUAGAUUUCACCCAGUUUCACAGAAAGCUGCGAAACACCUCCAAACACCCAUUGCCUCACAUAGACAGAGAAGGGCUUGGAAAGGGGAAGUACGAGGAUGGUGACAGCAUCAACUUGAACGACAUAGAGAAGGUCCUUCCAGUGUGGCAGGGUUACCAUCCAUUGCCUCAUGAAGCUGAAAUCGCACACACCAAAAAACUCUUCAGAAGGAGGAGAAACGACCGGAGGCGACAGCAGAGACUUCCCAGCGGGAACAAGUCCCAGCAGCACGCGGAUCAUCAGCAGGGCGGCACCAAGCAUAACAGGGACCACCAGAAACUCUACCAAGGAGGCCAAGCCCCUCACUCCUCGGGCAGGACGGGCCACCACGGCUACAGCCAGAACCGGAGAUGGCACCACAACCAGAAGCACUCUGCCAACGACAAAGAAACGCACAGGAACGCCAAAGAGACUGAGAACCUGAAAAUCGAGGACAGCCCGGCGGGCACGGCGCACGUCCCCGCGGAGGCCCCGCGGGGCCCCGAGGCCGCGGAGAAGCAGCCCCAGCAGGGCAGCCCCGAGCCCGAGGGCAAGCGCAGAGACAGCGCCCACGAGCGCGCCGGGGACAGGCCCAAGGUCAACCUGCUCCAGUCUUCCAAGGACAGGCUGAGGAGGAGGCUAAAAGAAAAGACGCCUUGUCUUUCCCUUUUCACGGACCAGGACGAAGUCACGGUGGAAACCACCGACCCUGAAAAGAAUAAAAUGGACAAAUUAAUUGAAAUUCUCAACAGCAUGAGGAACAACAGCAGUGACGUUGACUCCAAGCUCACCACCUUCAUGGAGGAGGCCCAGAACUCCACCAACUCUGAGGAGAUGUUGGGGGAGAUAGUCAAGACCAUCUACCAGAAAGCGGUGACGGACCGCAGCUUUGCUUCCACAGCAGCCAAGCUGUGUGAUAAAAUGGCCCUCUUCAUGGUGGAAGGAACCAAAUUCAGGAGUCUGCUCCUCAACAUGUUGCAGAAGGAUUUCUCCAUGCGGGAGGAGCUGCAGCAGCGGGACGUGGAGCGCUGGCUGGGGUUCAUCACCUUCCUCUGCGAGGUCUUCGGCACCAUGAGGAGCAGCACCGGGGAGCCCUUCCGAGUCCUGGUGUGCCCCAUCUAUACCUGCCUCAGGGAGUUGUUGCAAUCUCAGGAUGUGAAGGAAGAUGCUGUGCUUUGCUGCUCCAUGGAGCUGCAGAGCACUGGCCGGCUGCUGGAGGAGCAGCUGCCCGAGAUGAUGACGGAGCUGCUGGCGAUAGCACGCGACAAGAUGCUGUGUCCCUCCGAGUCCAUGCUGACCAGGUCCCUGCUGCUGGAGGUCAUCGAGCUGCACGCCAACAACUGGAACCCCCUGACGCCCACCAUCACUCAGUACUACAACAAGACCAUCCAAAAACUGACGGCUUGAGGGGGCAGGGCAAGGUGGGGUGGUAAGGGACGAGAAGAAGACAUGCGCCUUGACGGGACCCAGCAAGAGCUUUUCUGAUUUAAAUCCCCCAGCAGACCAAACCCCAGCAUGCUCGAGAAUAUGGGGUGGGGAGGGAGCAGCAUGUUUCUUUUUCAGCCGCGUCGCCAAGUGCCACCCCUCCUCCCUGCCGUGGUUUUGUUUUAGGGGUUUCUUUUUCUGAACUCAUUGCUCAAGCAGCAGCAGCGCAUCCCGCCGGGUUAUUGUUUGGCUUUCGAAAGAAGACAGAGAAUUUGGAAAAGGAGGAGAGGAAAAAAAAAAUAAUCUAAGUGGGGGCUAGUAUUGUUUUCACGCCGUCCUCCUGCCUUGCCCUGGCCAACUGGCAGGAGACAGCAGGCAGCAGAUGUCUCGGGAGGACAAAGCCAGGCACACACUACACCAGACGCUCAUAAUUGAUGGCUUUUGUCAAGCGGGGCUUGCGUUAGGUUCCCCCCC